AUGGAUGGCGAAAUGUUUUUCCUACAACAGCAGCAACAACUUCAACAACUUCAACAACUUCAACUUCAACUCCAACUUCAGCAGCAACAGCAGCAGCAGCAGCAGCAGCAGCAACAGCAACUUCAGCAACAGCAACAGCAGCAGCAGCAACAAGAAAUGUGGUUGAUAGACUCGGAUUUCACUUCUGACGCGUCCCAUGACCCUGCCAUUGCUCCCUUUCUCUGUGUUAGUGGCAGUAAUAAUUCAAACUGUAGUCCUAUUGUCAACUCUACAUUAUCAACAAUAUCAACAACAACACCAUCAGCAGCAGCGGCAGCAGCAGCAGCAGCAGCAAUCGCAGCAUCAGUUGUUGGAAAUAUGGUACAGUCAAUACCAACAACAGCAUUCCCUGAACAAGUAUUUGAUCCAUCAGCUAUAUACCAGUUUAUUCCUCAACAACAAUCAAGAGAAUCUCAACAAUCAGAUUUUAUUCAAAUUGUCCCACAAAUGUUUCAAUCUCCUUUGACACCUUCAGGACCUUCAGCAUCAUCUCAAUGUAAUCUUGAACAAUAUGUAGUGAGUCAACCACAACAGCAACAGCAACAACAACAACAACAGCAAAUUCUACAACAACAAUCUCAAGUAAUCUCGCAAUCUUGUUCUAUGAUUGAUGUGCCUUUGAUAACACCAGAAGAACCGUUUUUUAUACAAUCCCAACAACAACAAGCUUCAAAUCAAAUUUUAAACCAAAAAUCAGUCACUACUAAAGCCGAAGAUCUAUUUCCAGGCACCGAUGCGAAAUGUAGUAACACGGUCAUUGGGGCGGCUGCUACAACUAGCACUAGUAAAAAAAUGUCUUUAGAAGUGGUGUCACUUCAACCCCCGCCUCCUCCUCCUCCUCCUCCUCCUCCUUCUCUCAAUGGUAAUAUAACCCUUGCCCAGCCAACACAAAGUCACCCUUCUGCCCUGGAUCUCCCGAUGGAUCUUCCACUAGAUCUCGGGAUGGAACUUUCGGAAGAUGUCGCAGAACAACUCAACACAACUAGUAGUACUAGUGUAUCCAACAGUCAAACAUCAUCACUCCAAAAUUUCGAUCAUGAUUCGGAGGUAAUAACGUCGCCAGUUAUAGGCACUACUUCUAUCACUACAACUACAACUGAUAACUUUACAAUAAAUGCUUUCCCAACAUCCCCAGAUCUUCAACACCUUUCACAAUCAUCCUCCAACUGCGGUAUCAUCAAUAAUAAUAAUGACAAUAAUAAUAACAUUGUUGUUCCAGGAACAUAUACUUCGGUUGCACUCACACCAUCGGACCACCCAACAAUUCCACAUGAGCCCACUUCUUCUUCUUGUGCGCAGACCCCAACUAGCAGCUGCUGCACAACUGUUACAUCUACCACAACUAGCACAACUAGCGCACCUACAACAACAACCACACCACCACCAUUUUCUUCUUCUUCUUCUUCUUCUACUUGUUCCAACAUUAACUCCUCUGUAAUAGAAGAAGUUGACUAUACCUUACCCAGCAUCCAACGUGCACUUCAACGACCCACUGUUGCACGAGUCGAAAAAGUGUGUCGCGGUAUAGCCACCCAGCAGCGCAUGGGCUCUACUCUUAAACACAUUUUAUCUCGUGAAAAUCUGCGCAUACUUAACUACACAUUUGAAUUUGAGGCGUACCCCAAGGAAUUUCACUACGGAGUGGUGGACGUGAUUGAUGAUGAGCAUGUCCAUGAUGCUGAUGGGGAACAUGACAGUGUGGAUGAUGAUGAUUAUGACGAUGAUGACGAUGACGAUGACGAUGAUGACAAUGAUGUGGAUAAAAACAAGGACAAUAAAAAUGACCAAGAAGUAGAUGUCGAAGAAAAAGGGGAAGAUGAGGAGGAAGACGAAGACGAAGAAGAAGAAGAAGAGGAAGAAACUUAUAACGAAUACUUGAACAACGAACCCAUGGCAGAUAAAGACCCAGAGCAACGCAAAAAGAGAAAGCGCCGGCGCAGAAAGAUUCCAAUUAUGGACCCAGCUGGAGUUCCAAUUAUUAAAAAACAACGCUCCAACCCUGUAUCCGAAUCCCAAUCUUCCAAUACUGCAACUGCUUGUAGUCAAAAAACUUCUGCUGCGGCUAUGUUUUCUUCCAGAACCCUCGCUUCAAGUCCCACCUCUAAAGUGGUUUUCCCGGUGGUCACUGCACUCUCACAAAAUCUACAACAACAAUCACAGCCGGCCGAGUCUCAGCCGCACGUAGCUCAGAAAAUGAAUCGGGAUCCGAUUACUGCUCCGAUCAAUGUACCACAACAACAACAACAACAACAACAACAACAACCACCCUUGCAGCCGCAAACUAUCCCGCCAACCUGCCACGCCUCUCCAAAAUCUUCUCAGCAGCCGUCAUCGGAAAAAUUCGGCUCUCUUAAUGAGUAUCAAAGUCUCAAGCAUUCUUUCCCAGUCACGGGACCCGCUCGCACAGGAACUAAAAAGCCUGUAGUCGCUGAUGCUGCUGUUACCGCAAACAACCCGUCUACUACACCAGCAAGUGCUAAUACCACCACCACAAGUACCAAGCUUAAUACCCACCUCACCCACUCUAAAACUAAAACUAAAACCAAAACUAAAGCAACUACUACGAAAACUACUACUAAUCAUAAUACCAAACAAAUCCACCCCUCAACCUCGGCUAGAUCGCUGCGAAAUGAUAACCCGCGACCUCCUGCCUUGGAAUUCAUCUUUGAGUUCCCCGUAUCGCAACAGCCACGGUCUCCCCUCACCACAACUCUGGCUACCACUAGCUUUAGCAACCACGGGUUUGGCGUACGAUCGUCGUCACCUUUAGGCUCAAUGUCUGCGGGAACUGCUAUUUCAUUUCCAAUGCAACUGCAGCAUAGUACUCUGCAUGCACCUCCCUGUGAUCAUUUUGGACCACCGCCACAGCCUGCGGGUCAAUUUUUUUCGUUUUCUGCAGUUCCUUUGCGUGCAGCUCCUGUGGCCAAAAAACCUGGUCAGCAUCAGAUUAACAUGUCUUCAACGGCACCAGUCCAAUACCAGCAACGACUACCUGGGUCGAGUCUACGUAAAACUGGGAACACGCAAAACAAUUUAACAGGGCAAAAUACAACGUUUCAUAAGGGUGAUGGAAAUGAGGCAGGUGGUAAAGAAGAUGGGGAAAAAAGAGGACCCAAUAAUAAUAACAAUGGGGGAAAAGAAGGACAAUUUAAAAUUAGAUUUACUCAUACUAAUUUGUCUCAGCCAACAACCAACAAACGGCUGCGCCGGUUUGUAUCGCAUUCAAAGGCUGAAGACACCACAGUGAGUUCUAAAAAAAAAUCAACCACGGUAGUGGUAGCUGGUAAUAAAAAGACAGGGACUAAGGCAGGUAAGUCAAGUGUUGAAAAGAAUACUGCUGCUAGUCUUAAGAAUGGGAAACUUGGUGGUGAUAAUAAUAAUAAUAAUAGUAUUGCUGCAGCUGCUGCGGCUGCGGCUGCGGCUACAGCAGCUGCUAACCCAACGACUUCUGUGAUUGCAUCUACAAGUGUAAGAUUGCAAACUAGCAAUGGUGAUUUGAUGAUGAUGUCUAAUAAGGGAUCAUCUGUGGGAGAAUCUUUGAUAAAUCAAGAUGAGUUUUUACAGUUUUAA